CACUGGAGAAACUGUGGAGAUGAAAGUGGAAGUCAUUGUCGCCACAGUGUUCAUCCUGUGCCACAGCAGCCUUCAGGAUGACGAGAUCCGAACCGAACCCAGAUUUGAUGUCAACCAAGAAAUCCUCAAAUUACAUGAAAGGAUCGCAAAGCUGACGGAGGACCUGACGGUCAUGGGGGAGAAAAACGGAGCUUUACAGGAGAGACUGGCAGCUGUUAAUCUGGAGCUGAAAAACCUGCAAGACCCUCCAGCGAUCGCUUUCUCGGCUGCUCUGACUCAUCCUGUGGGAGUCUACAAUGUAGACAUUACUCUGGUCUACUCGAAAGUUAUCAGUAAUGUUGGGCGAGCGUACAAUCCCAUUACAGGGAUUUUCACUGCUCCACGGAAUGGAACCUACUACAUCAGGUUCACGAGCUGCGAUAACACCCAAAGUCACGGCAUGGCUCUCGAUCUGUACAAGAACACCGAAAAGAUAAAUGGUUUAGCUAAGUACAGCAAUGGCUACAUGACGUAUUUCUCCGGAGGCUUGGUCCUGCAGCUGGAGGCUGGAGACGUAGUUUACACCAAACUCCCCGCCAACAGCAAACUUUACGACGACGGGAACAAUCGCACCACUUUCAGCGGCUUCCUCAUUUUCCUAACAUGAAAGUCGGGAUUUUAUAACGUUCCUUGAGAACUCAGAAUGUGUUCUGGAAUGUUCUUUUUUCGAAAUCUUGAUGUUUAAUCUAGAACUUUCUUUCAAAUCCUCAUUUAAAAUGUUGGGGAAAAAGUUAGCCCAGAAUUCUAGAAUGUUCUUUAAAAAAUGUUUUAAAGCACUUCCAAAACCUUGUUGUAAAUUCUAGAAUGUUUCUUAACAAUGUUCAUAUUUAAUCUAGAAUGUUCUUUCAUAUCCUCAUUUUAAAAUCUUGGAAUAUUCUUUCAAAACACUGUUAAUUCAAAAAUGUUCGUUCAAAACUCAAUUAUGAAACCAACAACAUUUUUUUAAACCCCUAAUCUUAAUUCUAAAUGUUUAUAUUUAAUCUUUAUAUUUAAGAGUUUUUAUUUUUCAAAAUUCAAAAUUCUUGAAUAUUCUUAAAAAACGUUGAUGUUAUUUCUGAAAUUCUGGCCUUGAAU